GGGGCUGGGCCUCUGGUAGUCUCUCAGUGGAGUUAGGGCACUUCACUCACCAUCAAUUCAGAGGAGGAAGCUGCUUGCAGCCACCAGGGUGGCAGAGGAAGUGAGCAGAAGCCCUGCCUUCCACUUCCGGACCCGGAACCUGUCUCUCUCAGGAACCUGGUCACCCUCUGUGUUAGUGGGCUUCAUUUCCUGGUGUGAAAAGAAGUGGCAGGGAAGGCACAGGAGAAGAUGGAGUCAGAGCCCCUCUACAACCUGUUGCAGCUCCCAAAGGAGGUGGAUCAGCCCAUGGAGGAGGAGCUCCCACGAGGUGCUGGCCCUGGAGGAAAGAAGAAAUACCUGCCCCCCAAUUCUCGGAAGGACCCUAAGUUUGAAGAACUACAGAAGGUGCUGAUGGAGUGGAUCAACACCACACUUCUCCCAGAGCACAUUGUUGUCCGCAGCCUGGAGGAGGACAUGUUCGAUGGACUCAUUUUGCACCACCUGUUCCAGAAGCUGGCAGCCCUCAAGCUGGAAGUGGAAGAAAUCUCUCUGACCUCAGCCAGCCAGAGGCGCAAGCUAGGGGUCAUCUUGGAGGCCGUCAACCAGAGUCUUCAGGUUGAAGAGCAACAGGCCAAGUGGAGUGUGGAGACCAUUUUCAACAAGGAUCUGCUGGCCACCUUGCAUCUCUUGGUGGCCCUGGUCAAACACUUCCAGCCGGACCUGCCCCUUCCAGACAAUGUCCAGGUGGAAGUCAUCCACAUUGAGAGCACCAAGGCUGGCCUGAAGUCAGACAAGCUGGUGGAACAGCUCACAGAAGAAUGCAGCUCACACAAGGACCAGCCUUCACAGGACACCUUUGAUGAAUUAUUUAAGCUGGCUCCGGAGAAAGUGCAUGCCGUCAAAGAGGCAGUUGUGAGCUUUGUCAACCAAAAGGUGGAGAACCUGGGCCUGUCUGUGCAAAGUCUGGACACACAGUUUGCAGAUGGGGUCAUCCUACUUCUGCUGAUCGGACAGCUGGAAGGCUUCUUUCUGCAUCUGAAGGAAUUCUAUCUCACUCCCAGCUCUCCUAUAGAAAUGCUGCACAAUGUCACCUUAGCCCUGGAGUUGCUGAAGGAUGAAGGUCUACUCAGCUACCCUGUCAACCCAGAAGAUAUUGUGAACAAGGACGCCAAGAGCACACUGAGAAUACUCUACAGCCUGUUCCAGAAGCAUGCACCAAGGGCACACUGAGAAUACUCUACAGCCUGUUCCAGAAGCAUGCACCAAGGGCAGAGGGCACUGGCUCAUUCCAUGAUACCCCAACCUAGUCAGCUCUGCCUGCCUCCCCAAGCCAUUUCUCAGGACCUUCCACCCCUGGAGGGCCAGCGGUCCCGGAUCCUUCCACCCCAGCCUUGUUCCUGUGGGUUGGUGGCAUUCUUCCCUCCCACACCUAUCCUGCUCACAUGCACUCAUGGACUGAUAUCUUUGACCCCACCAGACGGGGAUCCCUUCUGAACCUACCUCUGCUUUCCGAAGUGAAGUGUAUUUUGACAGCUGUAUAAAUUGUAUUUCUAUGUGGGUGUGGGGGGUGCUCUGGGUUCCUGUGAGUCCAGAAUGAGCCUUUAACAUUGGUGAAAAGACUUUGGUUCCCAGGCUAGACCAGCUCUCUGCAGCCCCCAGUCUGACUACUAUGGCUAUACCUGGACAGUUGGUGGCUGUCCCCCCACCCCCCCUAAGCUGACUUUCCCCAGCCAGAGGCUCUUUGGUAUUAAGGCUGAUGGCCUCGGUCCACCCAGCUGUCUACUUUCCACUUGGCCCAAGGUCAUCACCCAAAGACUGGAGCCCCAUGAGGGAGAACUGAAUUCAGUUUCUUGUCAGAGGAUCCUGGCCAGGCUAUCCCUACUGCUGUAAUCCUGAACUUCACCUCCAAGCCCCAGCGAAGAAGCCUGUGGUUGGUUCCUGGGUUCAGGCUAUCUCUGGUCAUCUUCGAGGAGCCAUGAGCAUUCUAUUCUGUGAAACUUUGUGUCUUCUGCAAAGAGAGAGAAACAGCUGAAGAACUGAGCUGGUUCCAUCCCAGCUGAAGGAGAAGCUGUGGCUGGAAAUGCAAGGCUUGGGGUGCAGAGAUGCAGACAUAUAGGGGUGUAUGUAUUCACAGGUGUAGGGAUGGUCUGGGGUGGUACAGAGAACAGCUUUGCUUUGAGCCUAGUCUGGAAAGGACAGACCACCCCUCCCAAGACAAUGGGUGGAGCUAGGAGUGACCUGGGGCACUGGUGUCUGAUGUGAGGGCCCUAAAGACUCUUCCCUCCAUCCAGCUCCAAUCCCCCUGUCCCCUUGCCUACUCAUAAGUCUUACAGUGGGGGUCCCAUCAGAUAUCUCCUCUGUCCUGCUGCCUCUGGGACAUGUCCCUCUCCCAUGGUGGGGCAUCAUCACAGUGGCUGGGGCCAAUUUGCCUCUAUCUCAGGUAACUCUCCAUGAAGGCCUUCCUCUAGGCCUUGUUCUCUCUGGAGCAUCCUGAGCCGUGGUGGCCAGUGUCCAUGUUCACCUCCUAAGCUCUUGGCCUGCUGGCCCACCUGGCCCCUCCAUGUCCUCAUUUCCAUGCCUCCCCCCAUCUGAUAGCAAACUUAAAUCAUAAUGAUAAUGACUUUUGUAAUUUUACUGAGGAAUAACUUGCAUGCUCCAGUUUAAAUGUACAACUCAAUAACAGUUGACCAACAUAUGCAGUCAUCAUAUACCUCCUGCAGAAGGGUCACGCCCUGAAACAACCUGUCACCUGAUGUCCCAGCCUUCGGAGCUCUGACCUUAGAAGUAGCCGAUCCACUUUUUGUUGCUGUCAUUUUGUCUUUUCUACAGCUUUUAGAAACUGCAUUAGGGAGGAAGUAGUCUUCCAUGUGGGGUUUCUUUGCCCUGGUACCAUUCUGCCCUCUCUACAGUGACCCCACAGCCCAUCCCUCUGCUUGCUGGUAACAGGCCCCUCAGUGGGUGCCAAUCAACCAUUCACACAUUUGCUUCCUAUAAAGCCUGAGGGUUCUCUUUACUGUUUAGUUUUUAUGUAGUUUAUGGGGGUUGCUACCAGUGGUUUUCAGAUUUGAUGUGCAUGUUCACGUCUUUGUCUGGGCACUUCCUUUCGCUUUGCCUGGGUGAACACCCGUGACUGACAUGACUGAUUCAUAUAGAAUAGUAUAUUUUAUUCUGUGAAAGGGUUUGGGGAAGUAAAUAUACCGUUUUCAUUGCCACGUGCAAUGCCCAAGA